UGGAAGACGAAGAGGCCAAGAUGGCGGAAGCAGAGGCAAACAGAAGUUCGUCGUUGGGCGCGCUGCUCAACGGCGUCGCCCAGCAAAUAUUUUACCGUAACAGCGACGUGACGGAGGAGAUGUUGAAAAGCCAACUUUACCCCGAGGCCACACAGCAACACUUUAAGGCUUUGUACGACAAAAUGAAGGCGCUGCUUAUGUCCAUGGCCACGGCUGACAUGGACCACGCCCAGCUGGAGGCCUUCCUCACAGCCCAGACCCGCAAGCAAGGGGCUGGCGGCGUCACCCCAGAGCAGGCCGCCGCCCUGGCCCGCUUCUGGAAGGCCCAGCGCGGACGUGUCCACGAAAGCCUUCUUCUUGCGCAAAGCCGCUGGGAGCCCACGCUCAGGGGCCUGUCAUGGAGGGUGGACCUCCAGACGGCGGUGGGUCGCGGGGGGCCGCCCCCCAGCGGUCCUGUCGCUCUGCUGGAGCUGGAGCUGGGCGGCGGCGGCGGCAAGGAGCCGGACUUUGUGUGUCUGGAGAUGAACGACCACAGCAUACGGCACAUGCUGAAAAAGAUGGCUGACAUCCAGGCCGCCGUUGAAGGUGUCGUUCAGGGCACUUGACGCACGGAGACAGAAGGUCAGAGAAAUGACCACCGGGCCAACUCUUCCCUUCGUCAAUAUAUAUUUUUUUGACUAUGGGAUGUUUGGCACCACUUUUUUUCAGAGUGAUACAUACCGGUUUGAGUACUUACUUUUUAGUACUUACCGAUACGUAGUACUGAACUGAACAUGAUAGAUUGUGAACAAAGACCUUUCUUUUCUGAUGAUUUGCCGAUGUGUCAAACCGCCGCAGUGUAGCGCCAACUACUGGCGAGGAGGACGUCCUUGAUGUCAUAUAUUUUUGCCUUAAGUAUCGGUUGCUGGUAUCGCCAGUAUGAGUACCCGGUACUUUGAAAUAAGGCUGGUACGAUACCUGGUAUCGGUACUUGCCCAUACCUAGUUGACUGUGUUUAUUUUCUGUCCAUAUCCAAAAUGACUCCCACACACGUUCAAAUCCAACAUGGCUGCUGCGUAUGCCAACAUGGUUGCCACUCGGAGACAUCCCGUGCGACACUGCGGCUCCACAUUGGCCUUUACGUGCUUUUU